AUUUCCCCCUUAAUUUGGCUUUGGCAAACGCACCCUAAGUCCAAUCACCCUUUAUGCUGGCGUGUCACGGUUUCACAUGGACCUACAAAACUGACCCUGGCCCCUUCCACAGCGGAACACAUAUCCGCCUGAAACAUCGAUCGGGAUUGAGAUCGAGAGAUCGGGAGAGAGAGAAUGGCGAAUAGCGAAGCCGCCGGAGGGGCUCUGGAGCAGUUGCCGGCGGCACUGCUGGCAACGAUCAUGACGAAGCUCGACGUCUCCUCGAUUCGCUCCCUAGCGUCCACGUGCACUACCAUCCGCUCAUGCGCUUCUCAAAUCUUCCACUUCCUCCCCAAUUUCCAUCUCCUCGAUGUUGCACUCUCAAUCAACUUGCUGAGGCCUUUGCUGCCACCAAAUCCUUAUCUUAGGAGUUUGAAAGUUGAUUGCAGUAAACUUGAUGAUUCAUCAAUUGAACAUCUGGUUCGGCCAUCUUUGCAUGAGAUUUCUCUCCUCAAUUGUGCUGAUUUUAGUGGGAGGCUGCUUUCUCUGAUUGGAGGUCAAUGCAAGGAUUUAAGGUCUCUCUACUUGGGUUGUGUGGCUGAGAAAAGAGGACGAGCAGUCCAUAUUUCUAACCUUGAGGAGUUACUCUGUGGUUGCACUGAGUUAAAAACACUAAGCCUGAUGUUCGAUAUUUCACUAUUUCCUCGUUAUAAUUUUGCUCGAGCCUGGUCUUUGGCUUCAGAGAAUCUCACAAGUCUUGAGAUUGGCUAUGUUUCUUCAGUUAUGGUGACUGAACUGCUCAGCCCUAAUGUGGGACCCCAUCAGCCCCCAAAUCAUCUCCAGCCAUCCAUAUUGCCGAGUCUUCAGAGAUUGUGCCUCUCAGUGGAUUAUAUUACUGACACUAUGGUUGAGACAGUAUCUAAAUGUCUCAUCAACUUAACUCAUCUGGAUCUUCGAGAUGCACCCAUCAUUGAACCAAGAGUCACAUUUGACCUCACAAACUCCGGUUUUCAACAGAUUAAUCAACGUGGGAAGUUGAAACACCUCUCCUUGGUUCGUAGCCAGGAGUUCCUAAUUACAUACUUCAAACGAGUUAACGAUCUAGGAAUCCUCCUAAUGGCCGACAGAUGCUCUAGUAUGGAAAGUAUAUGUCUUGGUGGCUUUUGUCGAGUAACAGAUUCUGGUUUCAAAACAAUCCUGCACUCGUGCUCGACCUUAUACAAGCUUAGGGUGUCUCAUGGAAUGCUAUUGACUAAUCUGGUUUUUCUUGAUAUUUCAGCAACAUCCCUUUCUUUGACACAUGUCAGCUUGAGAUGGUGUAAUCUUUUGAGAAACCAGGCAGUCAUAAGUUUGGCAUCCAACUUGGAUCUUAGGGUUCUUGACUUGAGAGACUGCAGAAACCUUGGGGAUGAAGCCCUCCAAGCCAUCAGCACUCUUCAUAAAUUGAAGAUUUUACUAUUGGAUGGGUCUGAUAUUACAGAUGCGGGUUUGUCAUACUUGAGAGAGGGAGUGAUAGGCUCACUAGUUUCAUUGUCCAUUAGAGGGUGCAAAAGGCUUACGGAUAAAUGCAUCUCUGCUCUAUUUGAUCCCUCUUCCAAACAGGAGUUGCAAGAAUUGGACCUAUCUAAUCUUCCUAACCUAUCUGAUAAUGGAAUAUUCUCGCUGGCUAAAAGUCGUGUUCCAAUUCUUGAACUCAGGAUGCGACAAUGUCCACUCAUAGGUGACACUUCAAUCAUGGCGUUAGCCUCAAUGCAGGUUGACGAUCAUAGAUCACAUGGCAGUAGUUUGCGGGUGUUGGAUCUUUAUAACUGUGGUGGCAUUACAUCUCUUUCUUUCCGGUGGUUAAAGAACCCUUACUUUCCCAGACUGAGAUGGUUGGGAGUGACAGGAAGCGUGAACAGAGACAUGGUAGACGCUUUAGCUAGAAGUAGACCCUUCUUGCAUGUGGCAUGCCAUGGUGAGGAGCUAGGGACUGACCACUGGGAUGGUUUGUACAUGCAUGAUAAUGAAGAAAUGGAUGAACUUGAACAGUGGCUGCUCGAAGGAGGGGAUGAGAGUGACGAUGAAGAGAUGGAAGAAGUUGAAAACAAUGGAGAAAUGGUCGAGUGAUUUCCAAGACGAGAUUGUUGUACUUUUUUAUGUAUUUAUUUGUUACUUGUUACUUCUCCCUCGCCAGUUUUAUGUAGAAAAUUUGACUCUUAAAUUAUAGACUUUACUUCAGACAGUCUCGGCUUGGUUUUCUGACUUGAACCUCCAUCAGAAAGCCCUUCUGACAGUGCUGCUCCAGAUUUGCUGGGCCAUCAGGUUUGAUUGGAAAAUUUAUCAAUUGAUCCUCCAUGGAUCUUUGCAUGCUUAUGCGGUUACAAAUCUUGUAUAAACUCAGAAUUGUAUAUUUGUGGAUUCAAAUUUUCAAUUUGUUCUCUC